GCAGCCGAGCUGUCGACACGGUUCUCCGCGGAGGUGCCGCUGGUGUCCAUGGCGGUGCCGAGGGGGACCAACCUGCUCCUCUGGAGCCUGGGAAUGGCACUGGUGGUGGGCACGGCCAUGAUCCGGCUGGUACCAGGGCUGGCGCUGCUGGCGCUGCUGGAGCUGCCCCUCGGGAUCACCGCCCAGCGCAUCCACAGUGCCCGGAGACGGGCUCUGCAGCGCUCCAUGCUGGAAGCAUCCGCCCGGACGGCCUCGGGGGUGCAGGAAUCUGUCACUGCCAUGGAGACGAUCCGGAUCUUCUCGGCAGAGGAGGAGGAGGAGGAGCAGCACAGCCGGAACCUGGACGAGGAGCUGAGGCUGAAGGAGCGGAUGGAGCUGGAGCUGGCAGGAUUCACCCUCAUCCAGAGGAUGCUCAAGCUGGCCAUCCGGGUCCUGGUGCUCUUCCAGAGCCACCAGCAGCUCCGAGAUGGAUCCAUCACUCCUGGUGUGCUCGUCACCUUCCUGCUGUACCGGGACACAGUCGGCGGCCACGUCAAGGUGCUGCUCUCUGGCUUCAACGAGUUCACCACCAACGUGGCUGCCGGGCAGAAAAUCUGGGAAUACCUGGAUCGGAAACCCUCCAGGCACAUCGGGGGGACACUGGAGCCCCCCCAGCUCCUGGGCCAUGUCGCCUUCCAGAGGGUCUCCUUCGCCUAUCCCGGAAAUCCUGAGCACCCCGUGCUGAGGGACGUGUCCCUGGAGCUGCAUCCCGGGGAGGUGACGGCACUGGCGGGGCCCAAUGGGAGCGGGAAGAGCACAGCCGUGGCGCUGCUGGAGCGGCUGCGGGAUCCCGGGAGCGGGGAGGUGCUGCUGGACGGGAUCCCCUUGCGGGAAUACGAGCACCAGUACCUGCACCGGCAGGUGGGGGCAGCAGGGAUGGGAUGGGAACGCAGGGAAUAG